AUGCCUACCAAUAUCCCAGGACCGCCCGGAGUUCCCCUCUUGGGUAAUGUUUUCGACGUCAACCCCAAUGAGACGUGGAACUCGCUCAACAAGUUGGCUAAGCAAUUUGGCUCCAUUUUUAAAAUCAAUGCCCUCGGACAUGAGAUCGUUUUCAUCGGCAGUGUCGCUCUGUUGGAAGAGAUUUGCGACCAGACCCGAUUCCGCAAGUGUGUUACAGGACCAGUGGUCGAAAUCCGAUAUGCCGUGCACGACAGUCUGUUCACAGCAUACGACUACGAGAAGAGCUGGGGUAUCGCCCACCGGAUUAUGAUGCCUCAUCUUACGCAAUCUGCGACCGACAACCUCUUCGGUGACAUGGCGGAGGUCAUCCCGGACCUGACCAAGAAGUGGAGUGCAGGAACCAAGACACGCACUCUGCUCACCAAUGACUUGGACCGUCUCCUUCUUGCAUCCUGCAUGCAAUGUUUCUUCAACCAGCGCGUGCACGUGCUCGAAGGCGCCGAGCCACCCAUGCUCAGCGCCAUGGACGGCGCCACACUGGAGGCAAUGAAGCGACCCACCCGCCCCAAGUUACUGAAUUGGCUUGUAUACCAGCGCCGAUUCGAGAAAGACACGAAGACCAUGCGCGAUUUCGCUGCGCAGGUAAUCAAGACCCGGAAAGAGCAGCCAGAGACUGCCCGCAAGGACAUCCUGGAUGCGAUGAUGAACGGCGCCGACCCGGAGAGCGGCGAGAAGCUCUCCGAGUCGCAGAUUAUCGAUGAGAUUAUCUCGAUCUUUAUCGGUGCCGCUACAGCACCCAACCUCGUAUCCUACGCCCUGUACUACCUGAUGGAGAACCCGAGCGAGAUCACCAAAGCGCAGGAGGAGAUCGACCGCGUGGUCGGCGACGGCAAUAUCGACCUAGAGCAUCUGCAGAGCCUUAAUUACGUCGAGGCCAUCCUACGCGAGUCGAUCCGUCUUUCUGCCACCGCGCCGGGCUUCAACAUCGAGCCCAUUCCUUCUGACGAUAAGAGCCCUGUCCUUCUUGCCGGUGGCGAGUACCAAAUUGCCCACAACCAGCCCAUGAUCGCGGUCUUGAGUCAGGUCAACCGCGACCCGGCUGUCUUCGAGGACCCCGAGGCCUUCAAGCCUGAGCGUGUUCUCGGCGAGAAGUGGGAUCAGCUCCCUGCUGCCGCGAAGAAGGGCUUCGGUAACGGCAAGCGUGAGUGCAUUGGCAAGCUCUGGGCUUGGCGGUGGUCAUUCUUUACUCUCGCCAGCAUUCUUAAGGAGAAUACGUUUGAGCUGGCGGAUCCCAAGUAUAAGCUUGAGUCGAACGGUGCAUUCAGUAUCAAGCCGCUUGAGUUAUAUGGUCUUGUUAGCCCACGGAAGUAA